AUGACGACGCCAGCAUAUGGCGCUCAACCCUCAACUGCCGCUGAACCCAACAAUGCCGCUCUUUACGAUGCUCGAAGACGGCAACAGGUCACAGGCUCUCAAAUCCUCGAUAACAUCGUUUCUUUCUCCAAUUUUGACCGAGAUGAAGUGGACAGACUACGAAAAAGGUUCAUGAAGCUGGAUAAGGACAACAGUGGCACCAUCGAAAGAGAAGAGUUCUUGUCAUUACCCCAAGUCUCGUCGAACCCGUUAGCGACGAGAAUGAUCGCCAUCUUCGACGAAGACGGUGGUGGUGAUGUCGACUUUCAAGAAUUCGUCCUGGGUCUCUCGGCCUUCUCCUCCAAAGGGAACAAAGAAGAAAAAUUGAAGUUCGCUUUCAAGGUCUACGACAUCGAUCGCGAUGGCUACAUUUCCAACGGAGAACUCUUCAUUGUCCUCAAGAUGAUGGUUGGCAGCAAUUUGAAAGAUCAACAGUUGCAACAGAUUGUGGACAAGACCAUCAUGGAGGCCGACAAGGAUGGUGAUGGAAAGAUUAGUUUUGAGGAGUUCACACAAAUGGUCGAGAACACGGAUGUGAGCAUGAGCAUGACAUUAGAUCAAUUUUGA